AUGAUGUCGGCCGUGUCCAUGGCAGGCCGAGCUCCAUCUCGCCUGCUCCGGCAUGGUCGAUGCCUCCCGACGGCCGUCCCCUCGACCCGCGCCGCCGCCUUCUCGGUCAGCGCCCAGGUGCAGCUGCAGCAGAUCGUCCACCGCCCGCAGCCCAAGACGCUCAAGACGCUCAACAGCUACGCCAACACGCGCCGCACGCUGUCGCAGUCGACCAAGCGCGCCGCGACGGCCGUCGACUCGGCCGUGACAGACUCGGUGCACGACCCCAAGGCGUACAUGCAGAGCGGUGUGGUCAAACCACGGGCAGAGGUCGACGUCAAGAAGGUGCUGGUGAUUGGGAGUGGCGGUCUUGCCAUUGGCCAGGCCGGCGAGUUCGACUACUCGGGCGGCCAGGCCCUCAAGGCCCUCAAGGAGGCCGGCGUGGCCUCGGUGCUGAUCAACCCCAACAUCGCCACGAUCCAGACCAACCACUCGCUCGCCGACGAGGUGUACUACCUGCCGGUGACGCCCGAGUAUGUCAGCUACGUCAUUGAGCGCGAGAAGCCCGACGGCAUCUUUCUGUCGUUUGGUGGCCAGACGGCGCUGAACCUGGGUGUCGAGAUGGAGCGCCGCGGCCUCUUUGCCAAGUACGGCGUGCGCGUGCUCGGCACGAGUGUCCGCACGCUCGAGCUCAGCGAGGACCGCGACCUGUUUGCCCGCGCGCUCGACGAGAUCAACAUUCCCAUUGCCAAGUCGAUUGCCGUCAGCACCGUCGACGAGGCACUCGACGCCGCCCGGAAGAUCGGCUACCCCAUCAUCGUGCGCGCGGCGUACGCCCUGGGCGGUCUGGGCUCGGGCUUUGCCAACAACGAGGAGGAGCUGCGCAACAUGUCGGCGCGGUCGCUGACGCUGUCGCCGCAGAUCCUGGUCGAGAAGUCGCUCAAGGGCUGGAAGGAGCUCGAGUACGAGGUCGUCCGCGACGCCAACAACAACUGUAUCACGGUCUGCAACAUGGAGAACUUUGACCCGCUCGGCAUCCACACCGGCGACUCGAUUGUCGUCGCGCCCAGCCAGACGCUGAGCGACGAGGAGUACCACAUGCUGCGGUCCGCCGCCAUCAAGAUUGUGCGCCACCUGGGCGUUGUGGGGGAGUGCAAUGUGCAGUACGCCCUGCAGCCCGACGGCCUGGACUACCGCGUGAUUGAGGUCAACGCCCGUCUGUCGCGGUCAUCGGCGCUCGCCUCCAAGGCCACGGGCUACCCGCUCGCGUACACGGCGGCCAAGAUCGGUCUCGGCCACACCCUGCCCGAGCUGCCCAAUGCCGUCACCAAAACGACGACGGCCAACUUUGAGCCGUCGCUCGACUACAUCGUCACCAAGAUCCCCCGCUGGGACCUGUCCAAGUUCCAGCACGUCAAGCGCGACAUUGGCAGCGCCAUGAAGUCGGUCGGCGAGGUCAUGGCCAUCGGCCGCACCUUUGAGGAGUCGUUCCAAAAGGCCAUCCGCCAGGUCGACCCCCGCUUCGUCGGCUUCCAGGGCGACAAGUUUGCGGACCUCGACUUUGAGCUGCAGAACCCCACCGACCGCCGCUGGCUCGCCGUCGGCCAGGCCAUGCUGCACGAGAACUACUCGGUCGACCGCGUGCACGAGCUGACCAAGAUUGACAAGUGGUUCCUGUACAAGCUGCAGAACAUUGUCGACACCACCCGCGAGCUACAGGCUGUGGGCAGCCUCGGCGGCCUCAAGCGCGAGCUCCUGACCAAGGCCAAGAAGAUGGGCUUCUCGGAUCGCCAGAUCGCCAGCGCCCUCGGCAGCACCGAGGACGAGGUCCGCGCCGUCCGUCGCCAGUUUGGCAUCCACCCCUGGGUCAAGAAGAUUGACACCCUCGCCGCCGAGUUCCCCGCCAACACCAAUUACCUCUACACCACCUACAACGCCAGCACCCACGACAUCACCUUUGAGGACAAGGGCACCGUCGUUCUCGGCAGCGGCGUCUACCGGAUCGGUAGCUCUGUCGAGUUUGACUGGUGCUCUGUCAGCGCUGCUCGCGCUCUGCGCGCGAUGGGCAAGAAGACGGUCAUGAUUAAUCACUCCACGUGUUUAUUCAUACAUCUCGUGCUCCUUCUUUCUACGGGCACCUUGCAACCUUCCUUUGCACACGCCGCUGUUCUCAGGAGCACAUUAAAGUGGACCCGAGUGGGUCCUCCGACUUACAACAUCACCAACCUCCUAAAACUCCUCCUACGCACUCCCUUGCCUUCUUUCACUAACAAUCCCGAGACCGUAUCCACCGACAGCGAUGAGGCGGAUCGGCUGUACUUUGAUGAGAGCAGCUACGAGCGUGUGAUGGACAUCUACGAGCUCGAGCAGGCCAGCGAUGUUGUUGUGUCGGUGGGUGGCCAGCUGCCGCAGAACAUUGCGCUCCGUCUGCAGGAGACUGGCGGUGCCAAGGUUCUGGGCACCGACCCGCGGAACAUUGACAAGGCCGAGGAUCGUCAGAAGUUCUCCAACAUUCUGGACAACAUUGGCGUUGACCAGCCUGCGUGGAAGGAGUUGACGUCUGUUGAUGCUGCUGCCAAGUUCGCCGAGGAUGUCGGCUACCCGGUCCUUGUCCGUCCGAGCUACGUUCUGUCCGGCGCUGCCAUGACCGUCAUCCACAGCCAGGAAGACCUCAAGGACAAGCUCGAGGCUGCGUCCAGCGUCUCGCCGGACCACCCCGUCGUGAUCAGCAAGUUCAUCGAGGGCGCCCAGGAGAUCGACGUGGAUGGUGUUGCGUCCAAGGGCGAGCUGAUCCUGCACGCUGUCAGCGAGCACAUUGAGCAGGCCGGUGUGCACUCGGGCGACGCGUCGAUGAUCCUGCCGCCGGUGUCGCUCGACGACACCACGAUGGACCGCGUCAAGGAGAUUGCCCAGAAGGUCGCCGCCGCACUCGAGAUCACCGGCCCCUUCAACAUGCAGAUAAUCAAGGCCGACGACCCUGCCGGCGGCCUGCCGGCGCUCAAGGUCAUUGAGUGCAACCUGCGCGCGUCGCGCUCGUUCCCCUUUGUCAGCAAGGUGCUCGGCACCAACUUCAUCGACGCAGCGACCCACGCCCUGGUCGGCGAGGACGUCCCUGCUGCGCGCGACCUGAUGAAGGUCCCGCGCGACUACGUGGCCACCAAGGUGCCCCAGUUCUCGUGGACCCGCCUGGCCGGCGCCGACCCCUUCUUGGGCGUCGAGAUGUCCAGCACGGGCGAGAUGGCCUGCUUCGGCAAGGAUCUGGUGGAGGCCUACUGGGCGUCGGUGCAGUCGGCCAUGAACUUCCGCGUGCCCGAGAUUGGCGAGGGCCUGCUGUUUGGCGGCGAGACCAGCAAGGACUGGCUCGCCAAGGUCAUCAACUUUGUCGGCCCCAUGGGAUACAAACUGUACGCCGCCGAGCCGCGCGUCAAGGCGUUCCUCGAGGCCGAGAGCAAGACGCCCAUCGAUGUGCAGGUCAUUGAGUUCCCCACCGAGGACAAGCGCCAGCUGCGCGAGGUCUUUGCCAAGUACGACAUCCGCGGCGUCUUCAACCUGGCCAAGGCCCGCGGCAAGACGGUGCAGGACGUCGACUACGUCAUGCGCCGCAACGCCGUCGACUUUGGCGUGCCCCUGUUCAUGGAGCCCAAGACUGCCAUCCUCUUCGCCCAGUGUUUGAGCGAGAAGCUGCCCCGCGCCGAGGGCACACCGUCCGAGGUUCGCCGGUGGUCCGACUUCAUCGGCGGCAAGCCUCUGUAA